CCCCUGCCUGGGGUUUAUUGUGCAGUGUACUGACCAUUAUAAAUGCUAUAUACGUGUAUUGGUAUACAUACAUCACUAUAUUAUUAUUGAUAAUUAUUAUAAAUGCAUGUGGUGUAUUAUUUAUAACAGAUAUAUAGAUUCUCGUAGAAUUCUAUUUACCUUGGUAUUAUAUGAUGGUUUAGUUUCCUAGUGUAAUGGUAUUAUGCGUGUAAAUAUUAAAGGUGAAAAAAAAACGUGUAUACAUGUAUUUGAACACACGGCUGUACUCGACUCAACGAAAGCCAUUUUAUGAACGUGCUUUAAUACGCUCUCACAUACCUGUACUAAGACGGAACAAGAACAAGGAUGUAAACGCUGAUGACGUUUUUGUCUGCCAACACAUGGGGAAAUAAAGCAGAAAUGGUGUAUAUGUUGCAGUACAUGUGGUACAGGUGGUCUGGUAGAGAGUGCUCGCGCUGGUCUAUAUGUUGCAGUGUUUGUGAUACAGGUGGUCUGGUAGAGAGCGCUCACACGACAUCUGUUUGUAAUCACCAUCAUUAUUAAAUUUUACCUGACGUCAGCGUGAGAAAAAUGAGCAUAAUGCAUUCUGUUCAAUUGUUCAGAAGUUAUUGAAUUUGACCGACCAAUGCAGACUGUUAACACUAUUGAUUACUUUUAUCUUCAUGUGUGGCAAGUGGUUGAAUGAGCUGUGUAUAUUCUACGGUUUAAUAAUGACCGUAGCACAAGUUAAAAACCCGUGUCGCCAUGGAGGAGGAACUUUUUCGUUUUACUUCGUGCACAUGUGUCUAUUGCGGUUCGUAUAAUGUGUUUGACUUAUAGUAAUAAUAAACCGAAUUUUAAGUGGCAUAACUGCACAGCAAGUUAGUACAACCGAUGAGUUGUGAGCCGUCCAAGCCAGCGAGUGUUUUGAAAGUGUUUUAAUGUCAUGUGUAAAGAAAACCAGCGGGUCAGCGCGCAUACCGAGCGAGUCGCAUUUCUGAAGACCGAAAUAGGACGGGGCGAAAACCGGUUCUGAAUGGCUGAGGGAUAUUUAUUAAGUCAUGCAUUGUGAACACGGAGCUUUACAGUUGGCGAGCGAGACCGGGUAGCUUUAGAGCCUGUUGAGAGCUAGAGAGAGAGAGAGAGAGAGAGACACCAGCUCUUAAACACCAGCGUGUUUUCGGGAACAACCAGCCAACGAGGAGGCGUAGUUUGGCCGAAGACGUUCAUUCAGUACUGGACGGUGUUGUUUUGGUUUUUUCUUCUGUUUAUUGUAACAAAAGGUUGGCCGGCCCGAUCCGAAGUUUGUUUGGGAAGAAGUUUAAAUGAGUCACGUCUGCUAAGGGAAUGUGGCCAGCACCACGACGUCACACUCGGUGAUCACAAAUCUAGCUACUCCCCUUACACAAAUGGCACAUGAGGUCAGAAGGAAUACCGCGAGCAGUGCUGCUUGACAGCCAAGCGCGUUGUGGAUAACGUCACAGUUUCAGUGGAUCGGGUGUUGCCGGUCGUGUUCCGUCUGUGGUGUUGUUGUUGUUGUUGUUGUGUGAAGACAAACAGACAGAUUUACAAUUAGUGGACGUAAAAAACCAAAAACAAAUCCACCAUGGUUCAGGAGAAGGAAGAGGCCAUGUUAAAGCGGCGUGUGUUGUACAUUGGAAGUUCUGUUCCGCUCGAGACUUCAGAUGGCUUGGACGCCAUACAGCAGCCGCUACGAGAACGCUACCCGGCCAACGAUGACUCGAAUCUUGAGGGAAUUAUGUCCUUUCUCACCAUUCUGCCCAGCGGGCUACAGCUUCAGUAUGAGAACGAACCCGGGACGAUAAUAUGGUUUCCCAUUACGUCUUUGACAUUGUGUGCCGCGGUCAGGUGUAUCACUACCAUAAACACUGCCACCGCAGAAAGAGUCGCAAAGUUUGUUUCUCUAAGUUCGCCGGCUGCGGGCGGCUCCAAUGCCAAGAGGCCCGCUAUAUUCACGGCAAUAACUCGCAGAACUACAGGUAAGAGGGUACUCGAAUGUCACGGCUUUGUGUGCGGUGCGGCCAAGGAUGCCCUGGACCUUGUCCGGGCAACAUCUAUGGCCGACAGACUUUCAAAAGGAAAACUCAAUGGAUCGGUGCUGCAGCACCAGGUACCCGUAACGCAGACACGCUCCAUGGGGCUGGAGAGUGCGCCACAUUCAGAAAACACCACCCCGCGGUCUACCCCUUCACACGAAUACUCUGUUCGCCUGGUGCAAGGCGAGUAUCACAACGGCGCUGCUCCUGAGUUCUUUGGCAAUCCACCUCAGCACGGGUACUUCUACAGCACCAAGCCACAGCAGGUUAAGAAAUACAAUGUGGAAAAACUGUCUGACCCGGAACCAGAAAGACUGCAGGCAGCCUCUUCGACUCCCGUGACCCACCCAAUGUUCAGAGCGGCAACUCUCGGUCCGCGGCUGUCUACCCAAAGCAGGGCCCCCACCGUGGCAUCGGUUCCCAUGAGCGCCACCAUGACACUCCCACCUCCACCUCCACGGCCCGUCACCAUACCCGUCAGGGUGGUCACCCCUCCGAUGCAGCACGCCCCUCCGCCGCCUGUGGCUGCAGUGAGACCUAGGUUCUUCUCGCCGCCGCCGCCGAUGAUGCGCCCCAGGAUGGUUCCACGACCCCAGGACCCGUUCGUGUUCAUGCCGCCGCCGCCGGUGUACGUCGACCAGCCGUACGUGGUGAGGAGGUCGCACCGUCGCCGUGGGUCAGCAUCGUCGGGGUCGCACUCUUCUAGGUCGUUUUCGCCGCCGAGGAACGGACACGACGAGACGUUCGCGAAGCGGACGAUGAACGGCGACGCCGACGCCUCCAGCGAGGUGAGUUCCCGACCACGAACACCUCCGACAGACUACGAAGGCAAGACCGGAUUUCCACGAACGCGGAUCAGCAGACGCGAGCAGUUCGAGCUACGACAACGUCCAAUGCCGCCGGGGCCGUUCUACCCGCACCCUAUGCACCCCUACGACUACUACGUGUACCCGCCCAACAGAUACUCUUACAUGCCUUUCUACGCGACCAGACCCAGGUCGAUGCCGCCGCCAACUGAUCGAGGGAAGAAACCUGACAAGAAGAAAGGCCGCAAGAAUAAGAAAGACAAAAAGUCUAAACGGCGUGUGUACGGCGCCCCGAGUGACAUAUCAACGGACAGCAUUGGAUACCAGUCCGAGAUACCAGCCAACAUGAUGGACAAAACUAGUCACAGGAUCCCCCGAGACUUCAGAAGGUUCGAAAACCAACACAAAAAUGAGAGAGCGUUUUCUAGCAGUCUUGCCAAAGAAGGACGUUAUGGGACGGUGGACGAAUCUCACUCGGCCUACUCGCUGAACGAACACAUGGCUAGCAGGGGCAGGGAUGGGGAAGGAGAGUUCAAUCUGUAUUAAACAUAACGCGAAGAUGUAAGAUGUAUUUCUAACAUGGAUUAAUAAAGGAUGUGUAUGUUCUAACAACAACAACUAUGCAGUUUGUGGUUUAUCAGUACUAAAAAAAAAAUUAAUAAUAAUAAAAAAGGGUUUUGCUUAUGGCCCUGUCUGGAAUUUCCGUGAAUGAGAAUUGCAUUUUGUUCUAAUGUUUAGACGUGGCCUAGAGCUCUUCAAACACAUUUACUUUGUGAAGUAACUCUCUCGUCACUGACGUGACCCGCGGGGCUGCUAGAAAGGUCACCUGCUCAGAUGUGUGUUACCAAUUACCUCAGGUGUCUCGUUCGCGUAUUCUCACCACUCGCUCCGUCGUUCUCGGUCGUUGGAAAGGGAUCACAUGUUUGAGACCAGCAAGCCGUGGCCUUUUCCGUUGGACAGGUUGGCAAAGUAUUUUAACGAAUAUUACGCUAAACCUUCACAGGAAAGUAAAGAGAUGGAAAAGGUCGGGCGUAGACCAGUCAGCCAGCCGGAUAAUGAAUAUUCAUCUAUUAAUGUUGUGUAUGCAUUUAAUAGUCUUGCUACUCGUACAGAUCUAUAUACAUAAUCCAACGUUCCAUUCUUAUAAAUAUUAUUGUUAAUGGAUAUUUAGUUUUAUUUUGUAUUUUACAAGGUUAAAAGUGAAUUGCUGCAUAAUUUAAGGUAGAUAUUUGUAUAGGGGAUCGACACAAUGUUUUUUCAUAACGCACAUGAUUACGCUCUUUUUUCGUAUUCAUUUUAACAAGAAAUAUCCCGUGUACGAAUUUAGUUUUAUCAUUGGUGCAAACCUGUUAAUCUUAGCCUGAGUGACAGCUAUUAUUAAUCUAAGUGUAUGUGAUGUUGUUGUAAUACUACUAAUGCUAUUUAUAUCAUGUUCAACACUCAAAUAUAUUUUAGUCAAUUUGAAAACAAUUCCUCAAGGUUAUAUUCACAAGCCACACCCCUCUCCAUCUUGAGUUGUUAAUUGUGUUAUUAUCUCCGCUUGAAACUGAAAAGAAUUUGUUUUUAUAACUGUACACAAACACACACACACACACACACACACACACACACACACACACACAGACACCCACACGCAUGCUUACACACACA